AUGCUUAAUCGACUUGUUCUUUCUUUCUUUCUAUCUACGUCUGUUUAUAUAUAUUUAUUAUUAUCUAUCUAUCUAUUAGCUAGUUUAUAUGUAUUUAUUUUUAUCUUUCUAUCUAUCUAUCUAGCUAGCUAUGUACGUCUGUUUAUAUAUAUAUUUAUUUAUUUUAUCCAUCUAUUUACCUACUUACGUCUGUGUAUAUUUAUUUCUUCUAUCUAUCUAUCUAUCUAUCUAUCUAUCUAUCUAUCUAUCUAUCUAUCUAUCUAUGUGGUUAUUAAAUUAUCUUACGUUGCUUCAUUCUUUUAUUAUUUACUAUUUUUCUGUCUUUCACUUUUGAUUUUACUUUUUCUCUCUUACUCUUUCUGUUUUCACUUUUCUUUUCUUCUUCUUGUUCUUUUCUUUCCUUUUACUUCACCGUUCGCUUUUCUUUUAUCUCUCUUCUUAAUUCUCUAUUUCUUCUCUUCGAUUUUCUCUGUUUCCCAUGCUCACUUCUACUUAUAUCUUUACAUCUCUCUUCUAUUUUCCCCUCUUUCCUUUCCUUUCUUCCUUUCCUCCGUUUUCUCUCUCUCUCUCCUUCCCUCUCUCUCUCUAUUGUUACUCUUCUCUUCCUUAUUUUCUUCUUUCUUUCUUUCUUGUUUCCGCUUCAUCUCAUUUCAAAUUUUCUUUAUUCUCUUCUCCCCUCCACUUUCUCUCUACCCCUUUCCUUCUUUCGCCCUUUUCAUUCUCUUCUUUUUAAUUUCUUUUAUUUCACAUCUUCGCAAUCCCAUUUUUUCUUUCCUGGAAUUAACAGUUUUUUUUUCUUGUUCUCAUACAGUUUUUGCAUUUCUUCAUUCACUCACCUGUUCUAUAUUCUUCGAUUUCUCUUUUCGCUCAUUUUUGCUUUCUCUUGUAAUUGCAAUGAUGUUAGCUAUUUUCCAGUUCGGUUCAGGAAAUUAUCUUAAACGAAAAGUUCGUCACGAAAUAAAACAUCCAAAUAAAUAA